AACUGAUUUACCGUGGUGGUAACACUUUCACUUUCUCUUCUGCCUCGGCUGCGAAAACGCAACGAGCCAGGUUAAAACCUCACUUCGUACCGUAACAUGUUCACUUCGUUGGCGCGAGACGGACCCGAAAAAGGGGACAGCGCGCGCGCGCGCACUUCCUUGGGGGUCUUUUCCAUCUGGAAGCUCGUUUGUUCCGCGAUGUCUGUACUGCGCCGACAAACACUGUGCGCUGCAGUGACGUCAUCGCGGAUCCUGUUACAAAGAGACGCAAUUCGCUACAUAAUUACUGUAGUAAUAAAGGAGGCUGUCGUCGGUCGGAGGUUCCAGGUUAUCGUGAAGAAAGUGAUGGAAAUACCACGGUGGUACCAGGAGAUCUGUCGGAAAACCGUGCACGAUGACCGUUUGCCCUUUGGGAUGGAAGUGGUGGUCGCCGUAUGCCUGAAACCAAGGAGAGAAGCUCCGCGCCUUGAAAGACGACUGAGGUUCAAGCCUCGAUGACACAGCUGCCCUCAGAUAUCCACACCACGGCAAACGCAGCACACACCCAGCAGCGGGCGUCAAAUGUCCUGGAGAAUCAGGAGCUCGACUCGACUCUUCAUGUGUGCAUUGACAGAGGGACGGAGCACGCAGAGGACGUGACCGCUCAAGGCUCUCGGGAAGACGCGGGGUCGUAGAAGGGUGUGCUGAAGGUAGGGAGAGAGCAGAGCAGGCUUGACCGAGAGAAGGAAGCCCAGCUUCACAAGGAGCAGGUGUCUAGAGAACAUCUUCCUCCUUCAGGAACGGAGCCAGCCCUGGAGACACGGCAGCUCUUCUAUCCAAAGCUGUUUCUCGGCAAUGAUCAAUGAAACGUUUCCAGCGUGGGCAACGUCUUUACAGCCAAGCAGCUCCGACUGAAAUUUGGUCAGGAGGAGGAGGGCGCUUCCAAUUCCAUAGCCUCAGAGAUGGAAGAUGGACAACAGAGGAGGAGGCUUCCGGUGGAUGAGAUGCUCGAAAUGGGCAUCCCUCGCAAGGCAAGGACAAGAAAGGAGGUCAAACUAGCGCCCCGUUUCAGGGAAAACAGCUUCCAGACCACUGGAGGUCAUGUGCUGGAGAGCACAUUUCACAACCUGGUUAUAUCUAAGGGCCACGUGGAAAAAGUCCCUUCCCCUAGAGCCCCGGAAGUAUCUGGCAACACACAGAUGGAUCACGCAGGUAACGGACCAUUAUUAGAUUGCACACAGGCUUUGGGUUCAAGCAAUGGGGGUACAGGAAUUGACAGAUCUAGCAUGAGGCAGCUCCAGGAUUUAAGUUCACUCAAGAGAGGACGAGACCUGACAGCGGACCCAUUGCCUCCCUCGUCCCUGCGCAAUGAUCCACCCCUGACUUUGAGACACAGCAACUCUUUCCCAUCAACUGAAAAUCCCUCUUCUGCAAAACCCCAAAGUACCAUCUGCCACAAGGACCUGUUAGGAAGCAAGGACGUCCGAAAUACAACCCUUCGCAAAACAGCGUCUAGGGCUCAACCCGGAUUGAGAAGAGCUAGAGGCUUCUCCGCUGAGGUGAAUCCCAGAGAGGACGAAGAAGAAGAUGAUCUGGAGACAGCAGGAAAAAGAACCAGAACCAGCAUCCUGAGCAACAGUGUGGAGGUCGGGGAUGUCUACACAGCAGAGGUUUUUCUACCUACAGAUUUGUGGGAUUGCAUAAAAAGGUCCUAUGGGACCGACCUGAACGAGGUAACUGCAGGUCUGAAGUUGGAGAAGAGAGAGUCAGGGACGCAAGUGUUUCUCCUGGUGCGUGGGAAUAACCCAGCCCGUGUGGACACCUGGCAGCAGAAGUUGAAGAUGUUGGUCAAGAUGGUCACCACACACUUGCAGACGCGACCCAUCGUCCAUGAUAUCUGUGCACCACGACCAGGAAGGACGUACUUUUAAGCUGGACAACCGGAAAAUCCUGUCUCAAGCAGAUACAAAGCACUCGAGAGAGUUCCUCGAGGCCUGGUACUCUUGAACAAACUCAGUAAACAAGCAUGUCGAUCUGGACCCCAUCUAUGAGUCUGUAUCACACAAGGACCAAUGUGAACCAAAAACUAAACUGGUAGGGUUUAACCAGGUUAAUAAAUCAGGCUAAUUAGGUUAAAUCAGGCUUAGAACCAGUUACAGUUAUGGUGAUCAACCAACCAGAAAGUUGAAUGAGAUCCAAUGGUCAAGGUCACCUCAGAUCAGCCAAUCAAAUUGAAGCCAAGGAAGUUUCCAGCUUCCAGACCCAAUAUAAAGACUGACAUUCAAAGCUGCAUUCUACCCAUUGAGUGCUGAUGAUGAAAUGGUUGUAGUCUGAAUGCCAAGCUUGACAAACACCUUGCAGAAAAUCUCUUGACAAGAGAUACUGACCAACUGUUGAUCCAUAUCCUUAUUCUACGAAGACCUGUGUUGGUGUUGGGGUCACCAAAGUGUUGUACUUUGCACCAGCAGUUUAGAAAAAAACACCAAGAAGUGUGAAUGAAGGAUGAGAUUGUUACGAGGAUGACGUUUGGAGGAGGAAAGCUCCCGAGAUGGGGGCUCACGGAGCAGGUCGGCUGAAAUGGCGCAUCCCAGAUGCAGCUGGAGGAGUUGGAACAAUAAGUUGCUACCCCCAGUGCUGUCCAGUGUUCAGAAGGUAGAAGAGACCACAACCAAACACCAAGGGACUUAAAGUAACAUCCCAAGAAAAGAAGCAGCCGUCGUUCGUUCCUGGACAACAAGGAGAGGGAAGAUGUUCAUCCAACGAGGUGUCACAGUCCAACAGGUGGAGGAAUUGACGUGUGUAUGUGUGUCUGGGACUAAGGAGAAUUGCAGAAGCCUACAAGAUGCGUUUCUCUUUAUGAGAUGUUUCACAACUCGCCUGCCAGAGGACUUUUGCCGAAACACAACAACUGAAAAGGUCCAAGAGAUACCUUUGGAUACACUGAGGAACCCUUCAGCUAAUCUGGCAACACUAGGCACGUGACCCUGAAGACUUCCUUCAAGGUUUUGAUGUAUGGAUGAGUGACCCAUUGUAAGUAGUGUAAGUCACCACGGUGAAUAAGGUGUGUGGGCUGUUCCCUACAAGCAUAGCAGUAAAGGAAGGCCUUGUCGCCUUACGGUUACAAUAUAAGCGUGAGAAGGGGCCCGACUGUGGUAUCAUUAAGUGCUACUGUGCACUGGAACUGCUGCAGCGAGAACGUCCGGGGUAUGAAUGCGCUGAGCAUAAAUACGUGUUCAUCUGUGUCAAUAAAAGUACUUUAUUUGCUUUCUUUGCGAGAUGGAACGAUACUUUUGUAUCAAGUAAUGGAUUACACGCUCAUUUUAAUGCUCUACACAUUCAUUCAUCACCCCCUUAAGUGCUAUUACACUCUAAAUGUCAGAUAUGAGGACUCUACAUUUAGAUUUAUGGCUACGAUUGACCGUUAGUUGGUAAUUAAGCCGACAGAGUGCUUUCAAAGUGCUCAAAGCAUCCGGUUUUUCAGCUCCUAGCUGGGUUCCGAUGCCCCAAAGAGGCUUCUCUCGUCACUUUUCCCGGCAACCGCACCCAACCACAGCUUUUUCGAUCCAUAGGAGUCCCUGCACAUGCUAGCGGGAGCUGAAGUAACAUAAGGCCUUGUUCAGCGUUGCAGCCAGUAGCAGUGUAAGGGAUACCGGGAAAAAGACCUGCCAGCAGCGGUUUGGGAUCCGUGCCCUGAAAAGAUGCGCACCAAACGGGCCUUGCAAUACCGCAUUUGGCCACAAGGAUCACUGUGCGCCUAUGAGGAGACCCAGCGAAACGUCAGAUUCACGCAGCGCCUGUCCCAGCCGUCCUCCGUUACUCACGGGCAGCGAUUGCAAACUUUUCGAAAUGCAGGAGCAGCUGCUCAGAUUCCUGCUAUGUCAGCUGAUUUUCCACCGAAGCCUCUUGGGACGGACGGACGUACAACCAUGACGUCAAGGAAUCGCGAGAGGCCUCGGAUCAGAUUGGCAUAA